GCGGCGAUGGGUAAGGGAGCGGGGCUGAAGAAGCGGACACAAACACGAGCUGGAGUACGAGUGGUGGCGACGGCUUUCGCGGUGAUGUGAUGAGCGCCGCUCCUGUGCGGGUCAUGUCGGUGGCUGCCUCCCCGGGGCUGUCCGGGCUCUGUCUGCUCCUGGUGGUCGCGCUGCUCCCGGAGGCUGCGGCGCUGAAGUGUCUCUGUGAGCAUUGUACAAAAGACAACCAGACCUGCGAGACGGAUGGCCUUUGUUUAGCCUCUGUGACAGUCCAGGAUGGCAGAGAAACUCACAACAGCAUGUGCAUUCACCAGUCCGACCUGUAUCCUCCAGAACGACCAUUUGUAUGUGCUUCCUCCGUAAAUUCUGAGGUUCAAACAAAAACUGUUUGCUGUGAACAAGAUUUCUGCAAUAAAAAACUUACACCCUCAACAGCGCCGCCAUCAACAAAGAAUUUUCCCAGUUUAAGCCCGGUGGAGUUGGCGGCUGUAAUUGCAGGGCCGGUUUGCUUUAUUUGCAUAUUAGUGAUGUUAAUUUUGUACGUCUGCCAUAAUCGGAAUGUCAUUCAUCAUCGUGUUCCAAAUGAAGAAGAUCCCCAUUUAGAUCGCCCCUUCAUAUCUGAGGGUGCUACAUUAAAAGACCUGAUUUAUGACAUGACAACUUCAGGUUCUGGCUCAGGGCUACCAUUACUUGUGCAAAGGACGAUUGCUAGAACUAUUAUUUUACAAGAAAGCAUUGGAAAGGGUCGAUUUGGUGAAGUAUGGCGUGGGAAAUGGAGAGGAGAAGAAGUGGCUGUAAAGAUUUUCUCCUCAAGGGAAGAACGUUCUUGGUUUCGAGAGGCAGAAAUUUAUCAAACGGUGAUGCUGCGUCAUGAAAAUAUUCUUGGUUUCAUCGCAGCAGACAAUAAAGACAAUGGCACAUGGACCCAGCUGUGGUUGGUGUCUGAUUACCAUGAACACGGGUCUCUGUUUGACUACCUAAACCGGUACACAGUCACUGUCGAAGGAAUGCUGAAACUUUCCUUAUCCACUGUGAGUGGCCUGGCGCAUCUCCAUAUGGAAAUUGUUGGGACACAAGGUAAACCAGCUAUUGCCCACAGAGACUUAAAAUCCAAAAAUAUUCUGGUUAAGAAGAACGGAACUUGCUGCAUCGCUGACCUGGGACUUGCAGUGAGACACGAUUCUGCAACAGACACAAUCGACAUUGCACCAAAUCAUAGAGUUGGAACAAAAAGGUACAUGGCUCCUGAGGUACUAGAUGAUUCCAUAAAUAUGAAGCAUUUUGAGUCAUUUAAGCGUGCUGAUAUCUAUGCAACGGGAUUGGUUUUUUGGGAAAUAGCCCGUCGAUGUUCCAUCGGUGGAAUCCAUGAGGACUACCAAUUACCUUAUUAUGACCUGGUACCAUCUGACCCAUCGGUGGAAGAAAUGAGAAAAGUGGUCUGUGAACAGAAGCUUAGACCAAACAUUCCAAACAGAUGGCAGAGUUGCGAGGCAUUAAGAGUGAUGGCCAAAAUCAUGCGUGAAUGCUGGUAUGCCAAUGGAGCAGCCCGGUUAACCGCUUUGCGCAUCAAGAAAACACUAUCGCAAUUAACGCAACAAGAAGGCAUAAAAAUGUAACAGAUCCCUUUGAACUGAAUUGCAUCAUUCGGUUUUUACCCAGUUUGCCUGUUCUGAAGAUAUAUUGUUCUACCUCGACGAGGGAACGGACUAAUAGUGCUGCCUUUCUGAAAUGACGUAGAGUGAUAUCUAGGCCGCUCGGGAAGGAGGAGCAUCUCAGAUCCUUGCUGCUUACUUGGAUCACCAUCUUCCUGGGACCUUUUGUAGUUAGAAAUGUUUCUAUUAACAAAAUGGUACAAAUGCUGGUCUUUUUUUGUUUUGUUUCUGAACAAACAAAAAAACAAAAUCAUCAGUUUUUAAACAAUAUUUGGUCAUUACAUGAUAAAAUCCAAAGCCUUUGCAAAGUCUACUUGUAGAAGUUAGUGAUGUGUACCUGUGCACACUCUGCUUUAAGAAAAAAAGGAAAAAAAAUACCUCGUGCAAUUUGGGGAAAUCACUUAUGCAAACAGUUUUAUAUGCUUUCAUGCCUUCAGAAUUAUUUGUAUUGCCGGUAAGUGCCACAUACAAUGUUAUUUUUACACCAGUACUCAAGAUGUUAUGCAACAUUUUUAAUUGUACAUGCAGAAAUGGAUAUUGGUUACUAGAAAAAGUCUUUCUGACUAAAGCGAAUUAUUUUUUCAGUGGAAUAUUUCAAUUAUAAUUGUUUUUUUGUUGUUAUAUAUUGCUGGGAAAGUCUGGUCAUCGCUACAGACGCAACCUUGUACAAAAUUACCCCAAUUAUAUUUCUUCCCAUUCCAGGUUUAACGACUGGGGGGUAUGCUUACGGUCAUCUACAAACUAUAUUAGUCAUCCCGUUUUCAACAGGACAGCCCUGAUUUUAAGGUACUGUCCCACUUUUGCAGGCAGUGGUGAUCAUGGGCCGUGUGGACAGACCCUCUGAUUAACCCAUGACCAGCCAAGUAACUUGUGGCGUUUUUGGUCCGUGUUGCUAAAGCAUACACUACACCCAAUCUCGGCUCCAGCAGGAGAGGUAAGGAAGCCGGGUGCCUCCCUGCCUCUUUAUGCCACCCCCAAACAAAGGUGUCCCGAUUUGGACAUCUGAAAUGUUAGGGCGUUCACGUGAGCAGAAAUGCUCACUUAUUCUUAAAGGCUUAGCACACUGUAAAUUUACAUAUUGGUGAAAUGUUGCUGAGCAGACCCUCUCUCUCUCUUGUGGUCAUAAAUGCCAAGUGAUACACUACGUGUAAUGUUAAAAUACUUUUAUGUUAAUAUACAACAUAAAUUUUUUUUAUAGUGAUGUAGCAUGCUGCACACACACACAAAGAAGGAUAUCGGGGAGUACACAUUUAUUACAGUAGAUUGAGCACUCUCUUAUUCUUCAAAUUUACAGUCCAUGCCAGUUAAGAAACUUGUGUAAUUUUGUUUUUAAAACUUAAACAAUGUUUGUGUAUGCCAGGAGCGCAACUAACUUCCUGUUCUCACAAUUGUUAUAUUCAUUGCCUCUUCUAUUAGCAGUUUACUUCUGACAGGAAGUAUGCCUGAAACGCAUCUCAGUUUCACUGAGGUAAAAUAGUCUGUCAACAAAUACCACCGAAACUAUUACGCUUCAUAGGUUAUUUUAAUACACAAAUUUAACGGAAUAG